AUGAUUGACGCGGGCCCCGACAUUGUCGUUGGGACCGACCCUGCCACCGGCAAGGCCACCACCGACAUCACGCUCACCCUGGGCGGCUACACAGCCAGCGACAUCACCACCAACAACGUCAACUGCACCCUCAAGACCGGCACCACCUGGACCUGCAGGAACCUGGUUGCCGGUGACACAGUCGUCACGUUUGCAGGCAACAAGGCCGGCUGCGAGCAAGCAGAUACUGUGGAGAUUGCCGUCGUGGACUGCGCGGGUUACGUUUUGGACGCUGGCCCUGACCUCACCGUGGAGCCCGACGCCGUCACCGGCACGGGCUCCACUGACGUCACGCUCACCCUUGGAAGUUACCCUGCCAGCGACGUCACCGUCGACAACGCCAACUGCACUUUCAAGACCGGAACCACCUGGACCUGCAGGAACCUGGUUGCCGGUGACACCGUCGUCACGUUUAGUGUCACGUAUGCCG